UCCUCGGUGUCCAACACCACCACUCUAGGUCGAUUUUCAAGAUUUGUACAUAGAAAGAACAGGGUCAUAAUAAUACGUCAAAAUGGUUCACGCCGACGCUUCCAACUUUGCUGCCAACGUCACCAAGGAAGAGGCCUACCAGCAGGUUCUUGACCAAGCUGAAGGUCUGUUCUAUGAGCAGAGGAACUGGGUUUGCAAUUUGUCCAACUGCGCUGCCCUUCUCUGGCACGCUUUCAAGUCUCUUCCGGCUCCGAGCAACCAGGUCAACUGGGCUGGCUUCUACACCCUCAACCACCCCUCCACUACCGAACUCAUUCUAGGCCCUUUUCAAGGUAAAGUAGCCUGCCAAACCAUCGCCUUCGGCAGGGGCGUAUGCGGUGCCGCAGCCGCCACCAAGACCACUCAGCUCGUUCCCGACGUCGACGCCUUUCCCGGCCACAUCGCCUGCGACGGCGACAGCAAGAGCGAGAUUGUGGUUCCCAUUGUGGUGGAUGAUAGGGUGGUGGCCAUCAUCGAUGUGGACUGUGCGGAGCUGAACGGGUUCGAUGAGGUCGAUAAGGUGUGGUUGGAGAAGUUGGCGGAUUUGGUGGGCAGGAGCUGUGACUGGCCUUGAAUUUUUGAAAGCUUGCGCAAUGGGGAGUAAGGGAAGAUUGGUCCAUAGUAGGGGAGGGGUGGAAUGAGGGUGAGAAGACUUGUUGGGGUUUAAAGAUGUGGAGGAUAAAUGGGGGCUUUGGGCUGCUGAUGAGAUACCUAGAGAUAUGGAUGGGAACAGACAUCAGUUUUCUUCGUGUUGGUGAUUGGUCAGACUACCUAUUUCGUCUUCUUUCGCAGACAGCCACCUCUCACACUAGGUCCUCCGGUCUCG